GCCCUGGAGACAAGUCCUAAUCACCUGGGGGGGUGAUUAUGUUUAGUUCUUCCUCCCCAAACCCCCCAGACAUAAUUCAGAUCCAAACUGGAAAGACAGGCAGGCACACAAGAGGGGACCCCGGCACCACUCAGCCCCCCCGAAGCCAUGUACAGGAGCAGCUUCCUCCGCGAGGUGCGCAAGGAGAAGUACGAGCGGUCGGAUGCUUACGAUGAGCUGCGAGGCUCCCCUGAAUUCGACAGCUUGGCCCAAGCCCGGGGCCUGGAGAACCUGCAGGAGUUCAACGAGCGCUUCGCCAGCUACAUCAACCGGGCGCGUGUGCUGGAGCAGCGCAACACCAUCCUGCGCAAGCAACUGGAGACCUUCCAGCGCAUGGAUGAGCUAGUGGGCUUGGACGAGGCCUUCGCCGGACAGAUCGAGUUCAACCGCCAACGAAUGCGUGAGUUGGCAUCUGACCGAGCCAAGCUGGAGCGGGAAGAAAAGGAUGCCCAGCGCAUGCUCGAUGAGUACCGCAACAAGUAUAGAAAUGAACGUGAAUAUCAGCAGAGGCUAAAAGAAACCCUUGAACGCCUUAAUAAGGAAGCUGAUGAAGCACUGCUGUGCAACCUGGAGUUGCAGAUCGAGUCCCAGUUCCUGCAGGAUGACAUUAAUGCCACAAAGGACAGAUACAAGAAGAACCUUAUGGAAAUCCAGACCUACGUCACUGUUUUGCAGCAGAUCAUCCAGACAACUCCUCGUGUGUCCCCUAUAACCACUGGCAUAUGUGAGGAAAAACUGAUAGCGGAGAGGAGGAUCCCUGUGCUGCAAAGCCAGCUGGAGGAAUACAAGAGCAUCCUCUGCCAGCUACAGGCACAGAAAUACAAACUUCAGACAGAGACAACCAUGCUGGAGCAAGCAAUCAAAAACACCCAGGAGAGUUAUGAUGAUGAAAUUCAGCUUUACAAUGAGCAGAUUGAAAACCUUAGGAAGGGGAUAGAGGAGGCUGAGAAGACCUUGGAAAAGUACACGACCGACUGCCGCCAGCUGGUGAUCUACCAGCAGUCCCUGGAGAACGAGCUGGAACGGUACAAACGUAUCAUCGAGAACGAGGAAAGCCGGUUAAACUCUGCUAUAGCAGGAACGCCAGUCACACUCUUCACGCAGAUCUAUAGACCUGUCCAGCCUCAAGCUUCAAGGGGAAGAGAUAUCACCCAGGUCGUGCAAGAUAUUACCAGUGUAAAGGCCAGACAAAAAGCUCUGACAAAGAAAAUUGCCAGGAAAAAGGAGCUGAUGUCUAGAGACAUAACCGACGGUUUCUCGCCUGAAAGAAUGUAUGAAAGAACUCUGGAAGAUUUUGACCAAGAUCAGCUGGAGUUUAGGCAUGAAGGCUCAGUCACCUGUGAACCUGGGCAGGAAGGAUUAGAACUCGAUGAAAAAGAAACAGGCCCAGAGGAUGUACCUGAUGGAGCCCAGAUAAGUAAAGCCUUCGAUAAAUUGUGUAACAUUGUGAGGGAGAAAAUAAGAGUCCACAAGAAACCAGAGCCUAAACCUGAUGCCUAUCCCAAAGGGCGUUACGUGCUGGUAACGGGGGAGGAACCCUCUGAAGAACCUUGCAUCUUGGCCCCCUGCGUCCCAGCGAGGGGAGGGAUCACAGUUUCCAUCAGCAACGGGAAGGUGAUGAAUGGUGGUGAGGUAGAGCCCAUACCAGAGCUGCCUGAACCAUUAGAAAAAGAGAAAGGCGUUAUCUGUGAAAGGAGGGAAGAGUUUGAACAAAAAGAGGAAGAGAAAGAAGACAUGCUGGAAUGGGCCAAAAAAACGAGAGGAAAAAUCGAGGAAAUCACAAAGUAUCCAGAGAUCUCUGAGCCUGAGGCAGUUCCUUCCCCUGGUCUGAUUAGCCCAACUGAGCCAGGAGUCCUUCGAGAGACAGAAUAUGAACGAGAAGAUAAGCAGGGCAUUUUGUUCAGGGAAGCAGGCUUGCCUGGCUCCAUGAGCUAUGAGAAGGUGGAAGUAGUGGAAUCCAUUGAGAAGUUUUCAGACAACAGAAUUCAGACGUAUGAAGAGACAGCAAUGAUUGUGGAGACAAUGAUAGAGAAGACAAGCAAGAAGAAACCAGGUGACAAAGGCUCUUAA